AUGCAGUUAAGUAUGAGACGAUUGAACGCGGAUUCACUGUAUGGAACUGACUAUCGGAUUUUCAUCAAGGGUCCUGAAGGUGUUAUAUCACCAUGGCAUGAUGUUCCGUUAUUUGCCGAUGAAUCCAAAAAGAUCUACAACAUGAUCGUUGAGAUUCCUCGAUGGACAAAUGCGAAAAUGGAGAUGGCCACUGCGGAACCAAUGAAUCCGAUCAAGCAAGAUCUGAAGAAAGGUCUGCCACGGUUUGUGCAUAACAUCUUCCCGCACAAAGGUUAUAUCUGGAAUUAUGGUGCAUUUCCUCAGACGUGGGAAGAUCCGAAUCAUACAGUCCCUGAUACUGGAGCAAAAGGUGACAACGAUCCCAUUGAUGUCAUCGAGAUCGGAUCGAAGGUGCAGGGACGUGGUGCAGUGGUCCAAUUUGCCUCACUUGAAUGA